AUGAUGCUCUAUGGGCUUUCGGCGGUAUCUGGACCAGCUAUUAUAGCAGGUGAGCAUUGAAGUUUCCAACCUUUAUGGUAAAAACAAAAGUUUUUGCCAACUCAAAUCGGGCCAUAAAAAUGGCCCACAACAGUUCACGCUGGCUAAGCGGUCGCGGAAUGUCGCUGACAGCAGCCAAGGGCAGGAAUAGGCCGCAAAUUUCGUUACGGAGGACUUUAAAGAUACCUUAACAACAGGAAAUUUCGUAAUGGAAUCGCAAAGUUGAUUUGAGUUUUCACACUUAGCGGUGUUAUUGUCAAAAUCAACGACCCUUGGAGAAAAAAGCAAUGCCCCGGUAUCAAGCGGCCAUGAGAGCACUCCAGCCAUUGCCGGAAGAACUGGCGAUGCACCAGAGAGCCACAACUUUCAUUGGCUUGGUUUUACAAUUACGCGUAACACAACAACUAUGCAAUCUACGUAACAAUCAAGAUCACUAUUGCCUACACGGCCCUAUAAUUUGUCUUCUAGCGAGUUACGAUGGCACUGACUAGAGGCCGAUACGGCCUCAAUAAUAGAACUGGCUUGAGGGCUUGUUAUCAAGAGCUGUCUCUCUGGGAAGUCUGAUUAAAAGCGGGGAACUGGCCAGAGCACAUCUGUUUAUUCUGGCCGCAAAACGCAAACGAUGCUGGAAGCUCACCCGUAAUCUUCAAAAAAUUAACUCACAAGGGAAUGGACUUUAUGUGUAAAUCGAUUUUGGCUUGUGACAUAGUCAGAUCGAAAGGUGUGUGGUAGUCGAUUAUUCACUUGGGGGGAAAUCUCUGCGCGGGGCUUCAAAGCCGAGAAAAUCGGCUUCAAAGUUUGGACGAAAAUCAAAGGAAAGAGAUAGGGAUCCCGGAAAAGAAGCGGUAAAAAGUGUGAAGCAGUGGCCGAGUGGUCAGUGCGCUCGCUUUUUGCGCAAAAGGUCGCAAGUUCGAAUCUGCUUCCAUUCAUAACUUUUUUAGACAAAAACUUAUAUUAAUUUUUUUCCACUGAACUCGAUUAUCGAGUCAAGAAGUAUAUUUUAAACGGAACUUUUCCAUUUUCAACGGCUUCGCACCUUCCUUUUACAGUUUUAGAGCGCAGGGCACACCAUCAACCUGAUGUAUUCAAAAACAACUUUCUAUUAUGUUAACUUUUUUAUCUAUACCCCUUUUUUAAAUGUAUAGCCGGAUUAGCACAAAGAAAGCAAAAGUAAAAACGAUAAAUGAUGAUUUGAGCUUGGAAAGAUUCGAACCUGCAACCUUUUGCGCAAAAGGCGAGCGCACUGACCACUCGGCCACUGCUUCACACUUUUUAUCGCUCCUUUUCCGGGAUCCCUAUCCUUUGAUUUUCGUCCAAACUUUGAAGCCGAUUUUCUCGGCUUUGAAGCCCCGCGCAGAGAUUUCCCCCCCAAGUGAAUAAUCGACUACCACACACCUUUCGAUCUGACUAGGUCCCAAGCCAAAAUCGAUUUACACAUAAAGUCCAUUCCCUUGUCAGACAACGAAAGCAGUGUGAAGAAAAACUGUAUUUUUUGCUUUUUUUGUUACAAAAAAACCGUGAUUUUUCAAAGUGGACCUGACGAAGUGAGAAAUUCCGAAGAUUCGAAGCUACCGGGUAAAAAUUUCAAAGUAACCAUUAAACAAAAGCGCGUAAAGAACAGUUUUUUUGCAUGCUUGCUGACAAAGAAAUAUCGCGGACAAAUAAGGCUGGUACAGGUUGAUUGGCAAGCUGUUACUCCAGGUAUAACGCAUCGUAUAAUAUUAUAAUUAUUUGGUGAUCUUCUGCUGUUGAAAGGAAUGGCGUGGGCGUAAUAUUUGGUCCCAAAGACGGUAGUAGAUCCGAAGAGGGACCAAAAAUACUGAUUUCUUGUUGCAGUGGCCGGCCUUGUGGAUGAAGCGGACGCUGGAGCCCUUGGGGAAUACACCUCCGCAGUUACGUGCGAACCCUGCACUUUACGUAAGGGUUGUGGUCGUAUCUUACUGUCUAAGAUCAGCGACUAACAGUAGCACUGACCGUAAGGUCUGUUAAUUUGAAAUGGCCAGAGUUUUCGGCUUGAUUGAGCUUUGAGCUCAUUUAAGACCUAUAUUGUAAUAUUAAAUAUUAAAUGAUUACGAUGACGGACAGACCGUAACAAUCGGAUGAAACACCAUAAAAAAGCCCAGCUCUUUUACUGACUGUAGGGAGAUGUCCCCGACGGCACGAAGAGGUCCUACCGCUGUCUCUCUUCAAAGCAACCUACCCAAGCUGCUACAUCUACAAACAAAGAAGUGGUGAAAUAUAUCGUCAAAAAAUUGACGUAAGUUAUACGAUUCUGUUCCAGUCAUCGUUGUCUUCAUGUGCCCACGAUCUGGGCAGAAGACUCCGGAAGAAGUAUGGCCUGUAUAACAGCACAAAAGAGAAGGGGGAGUACGGUCGAAUCGGUGUAUUCCGAUCGCUGACACACAAGGCUCAGGAAAGAUUGGCCGGUCUGAGUGGGGUGUUAACUCGUAACUAUACGACACACGGCCAUUCAUGCGACUUUGGUCGUCCUGUAGACAUUUAUGAGAAUCGCCUAACUUUCCUAUCCCUUCAAUCAUUGUCCUUUCGUCGUCUCAUAUAUGAUAGAAAGCUCUUCUUUUUCGUUGUAAAUGACUUCAACGACUUGUCUCUCGGUUGA